AUGGGCACAAGAAAUGACUACUCCAAGGUACCUCACCUGGACCAGGUCGACAGCCUCUCUACCACUCCUUCAACGGAACACUACAAGUCAAACACCCCAGAAUUUGUCGAUUCAAAUGAGGCAACAGUUGUCGACCAGAGCGGCAAAUGGUCACGAUGGAGAAAUGAUUACUGGUGGGACGAAGUUGCGAGCCUGAUCCUCGGCAUCAUCGCCCUCGGCGCCAUCUGUGCUGUACUUGCGGCUUACGAUGGCCAGCCUGUGCCUCGCCUGCCUCAUGGCAUUACGCUCAAUGCGAUCGUGUCUUUUCUCGCUACCAUCGCAAAAGCAUGCUUGGUUCUCCCACUGGCUUCGGUCAUCGGCCAAGGGAAAUGGUUAUGGUUCCUGAACGGUCACAAGCUCAGAGAUAUACAAACACUUGAUGCGGCAAGCCGUGGCCCCAUGGGUGCCCUACAAAUGCUCGCUACUAGGCGUGGGGGCUUCCUCGUCUGCUUAUCAGCAGCGGCCGUGGUGCUCUCCAUCGGCUUUGAUCCUUUCGUUCAACAACUGAUCACUUACCCUCUGCGACAAACCUCACAAGAGUCGAAUCUCGCUCGGGUUCGAACCAUGAAACCACCACGAGCUCACCACUUUGCGUUUUCAGAAUCCACCUCGGCGAUCAAUUUUCUCGAUCUACCCUUCUGGUCCGCAGUCCAAAGCGGGAUAUACGAUGGCCAGUCGAGCCCGCGUUCGGUUCCCUCAUGCCCACAUGGAAGCUGUGAAUGGCCCGUCUACCACUCCCUUGCCUUCUGUAGCAAAUGUGUCAAUAUGACAGAUCAUGUCACCAUGACCACCCAGCUGGGGUCCCAAGUACCAAUGAACGCCACUCGUCUGAUUGAAACGUACCUGGACUUGUUCGAACUCGGACCCAGCACCUGGCUGAGCGGCACCUACGCCGGCAUCAAAGACCCUCUGCUGGCCCUCGGCAGCGUCACCAUGCAGUGGAGCACAGACGGCACAAAAGUCGAGUUGAAAUCGGCCUCUGAAUGUGCAUUGACCCUCUGUACCAAAGUGAACGGAACGACAGUCACAUCCUCGAUCUUGUCGACCACGUAUGGUGAAGUUCAGACCAACUCGGGCCUCGGCUACGCCACUUGGUCCGCCGUGGUCAACGAUACGACCUACUUCCUCAGCGACGGCAUCAAUUUCGCGCCCAACAGUCCCGACGGUGCGGGAGAGAACGGCGAGCAGCUAACGGGCAUUAUCCAAACGAUGCUCGACGUCACGGUUGGAAAUAAGUAUUAUGUGGGACAUAUCAUCUGCACCGUCGACCAAGACAACUCCACAAAUAGAACGGUCGUGACCAAGUGCUAUACGGAGACCGAGUUUGACGGAACAGGCUAUUCAUCGACCGAGAUGCAGAUCAUCGAUUCCACCCCUCGAGGUCUCGAAGCGUUGCUGGAGAACAUUGCCGCCGCCACGACCGAUCUGUUCCAGCGGUACGGCAACGUCGAGGUGACGGGGUUUGCGCUGACGGCGGAGAAUUUCGUUCAGACUCGGUGGUGGUGGAUCUCUUUGCCAGCGGCGGUGGUUUUGAUGGCCAUGGUCUCGUUGGCGGCCACCAUGUAUACGACAAAGCGGCGAAAUAUCGGGAUCUGGAAGACGGCCCUUUUGCCGGUGAUUUUCAGGGGGCCAUUUGUUGAACAUAGUAUGCGAGGGGGAGGGGAGGGGGAGCGUAUCAGCGAAAUGAAGAAGGUUGCUAAAGGGAUAACGGUGAAAUUAGUGAGGGAUGGAGAUAGGGGAUUGCGGUUGAGAUCGAGGAAUGGGAAUUAA